GUUCAUUGAGAACAAUGACAUCCAGGCACUCUCAAAGGCCACUUUUCGUGGGCUCAAGUCCCUGACCCACUUGUCCUUGGCCAACAACAACCUACAGACACUGCCCCGGGACCUCUUCAAGCCACUGGACAUCCUGAGUGACCUGUAAGGCUGCGCUGGCACUGGGGACACCAGAAUGGGUUGAGGGUGACACCACACCAACACCACAGUCCCCGCCGUGUUCUGCAGCAGCCCCGGGCACUUUGAGGGUCAGCGCAUCCAGGACCUGGUGCUCGGGGACUUCCAGUGCAUCACCACUGACUUCGUGGUGCACCAGGUCCUGCCCUUCCAGUCGGUGUCCGCUGAGCCCUUCACCUACGCCAGUGACCUGUACGUGGCUCUGGCACAGCCCGGUGCCAGCAGCUGCGCCAUCCUCAAGUGGGACUACGUGGAGCGCAAGCUGCGAGACUUCGACCACAUCCCGGCUCACUCCGCAGUGCACUGCAAGCCCAUCGUGGCGCAGGAGCAGCUGUACGUGGUGGUGGCCCAGCUCUUCGGUGGCUCCUACAUCUACCGCUGGGACACCACCGUGGACAAGUUCAUCAAGAUCCAGGACAUCGACAGCCAGAAGAUCCGCAAGCCCAACGACAUCGAAGCCUUCCAGAUUGAGGG